ACUAUUACUUCUCGGAUUAAAUCUACCCUGAAAAUGAAUCAAAAACAUAAAGAACGCAAUGUCAUGUUUUCUGGUCACAGACGAUCAUUAAAAUCUGUAGAAACUGAAGAACCAAAUGAUGAAAUCGCACCUUCUACCAGUGAUAUUGAACCAUAUGUUAACAAUUCAGAUCACCUACAAUAUAAUGAACAGAAUAACCUAAAAUAUAUAAGUGCUAUCAUACAAGGGGAAUAUAAACCUAAUAAUGCGACUAAUAAAACAAAUAAUAAAACUAUUGACUCUAUUGCCCAUGAACAAAAAGCUAUAAAAUUUAACGAAGGUACUUACAAACAUAACACCAGUACAUCAUGGGGUCUGGGCGAGAUAUUUAGUAUGCUUGCAGACCUUUGCAUGUUUUUGGCUGGUUUCGAUACAAAUCAAGACGAUAAUGGUUACAGGUUUCUUUAUAAUUUUGUCACAAUGCUAAAUCCGAACUAUUCGAGAAACAACACUUUGCCAGAAAAAGUAAUGAAUGAUACAAGAUAUAUUGAAACUUCCAUUGAUUCAGAGAGAGUGGAGAAUAUAGGCCACAGGUCCAGAGUCUUAAUGUCUUUCGAAGAAACAGAAAAUGUCACAUCCACGACCUAUGAAAAAGAUGUGAAUGAAUCGUACGUAGUUACAAGUAAGAAAUAA